AUGCCGUAUCUCAAACAUCUCAAACUCAAACCCUACACCUCCCUUCCAAAUCAGUUCUCAUUCUUUUUCUCUCCCUCAUUCUGCUAUUCUUCUCUCUGCCAUGUACCAGUACCUUCCAUUUUUCUGGCGUCCAGGUUAGUACCUUCCUUAUCUGCUUUCUUUGCUGUUCUAUGCAUGUGCUUGGUUGGGUGUUCGUGCGCCGAAGCUUAUGGUGCUCUGAAGCGGCCCAAGGAGAAGAAACUAACCAUUCGCUUAGAGAAGGUGGUGGACUGCUUCAAGUGGAGAUUCAUCUGUGCGGAGUCCCAGAGCAACAAUCCCAACCACCACACCAACAACCACAUCUCAUUAAGAUCCCAAAACCAGUUCUUCCACUUCACCUUCCCCAAGAAACACAAGGAAAUGAAUUUAAAUCUUGGCACAUUCGCAAUUGUUACUGGAAAACAGAACAGAGAAGAGAAAAGGGAAGGAAAACAGAGCAGAGAAAAGAAGAAGAAAGCUUGUGAUCUUAAAAAUGGGAAGAAGGGGGAAUUCUACCUAAGAUAUUAUGUGGGGCACAAGGGUAAGUUCGGCCACGAGUUUCUUGAAUUCGAGUUCAGACCCGACGGCAAGCUCCGUUACGCCAACAACUCCAACUACAAAAACGACAUCAUGAUCCGCAAGGAGGUGUACCUUACUCCCGCUGUUUUACGUGAGUGUCGCCGCAUAAUCGCAGAGAGCAAAAUCAUGAAGGAGGACGACAACAUCUGGCCGGAACCCGAUCGGGUGGGGCGCCAGGAGUUGGAGAUUGUCAUGGGGAACAACCACAUUUCCUUCGCAACUUCCAAGAUUGGGUCUCUCGUCGACGUUCAAUCAAGUGCCGAUCCGGAAGGCCUACGAAUCUUUUACUUUCUUGUCCAGGAUUUGAAGUGUUUUGUCUUCUCUCUCAUUUCUCUCCACUUCAAGAUCAAGCCCAUAUAAGGUGUUCGAAAUAUUUGAGGGUGUAACCCCUGUACCAAAGUGUUGAUUGGAAAUGUU